CACUAUGUGACGCUAACGCAGGCUGAAGUUUCUGUCCAGCAUGUCUUUAAUAGUUCACAGUAACGACUCAUGUGAUUUUCUGAAAAUUUGACCGUUAAGUCACUUUGUACUCCAGCUGCAGCCCUUGUCCUCCACCCAGGAUGGAUGAAAACAGUUUAAAACAGUUGGUGAAGUUCACUCAAGAGGGACACUUAAGCUCUCUGGAGAAAUACAUAGCACUAGGCGGCUCGGCUGCUGCGCAGACCCUCAGCAGCAAACACUUUGGUCGGUCAGGAGACACCCUACUGCACUAUGCUGCCAGACACGGACACCUGGACGUUGUGGAGUAUCUCAUAAAACGGAUGGGCGUGGAUGUGGAGGUGUACAACAACGACUACAAGAGGCCUUUGCAUGAAGCUGCCUCAAUGAGCCACAAGGACUGCGUUAGCUACCUGCUCCGGGAAGGAGCCAAGGUGGACAGUCUGAAGAAGGCUGACUGGACUCCUCUGAUGAUGGCCUGCACUCGGAGGAACCUCGAGGUAAUCCAGGAGCUGCUGUGCCACGGCGCAGACCCAGCACUGAGAAACAAAGACGGCUGGAACUCCUUCCACAUCGCCUGCAGGGAGGGCGACCCACUGGUCGUACAGCAUCUGCUUCUUGCGGCACCGGACAUCUGGAGGACUGAGAGCAAGACGCGCAGGACACCGCUUCACACUGCAGCAAUGCACGGCUGCGAGGACGUUGUUAGGAUCUUGUUGGAGAGUUGUGGCUACAGCCCGGACACGAAGGACAGCUGUGGCGUAACCCCUUUCAUGGAUGCAGUCAGGAAUGGACACAUUUCUGUGGCCAGGCUGCUUCUGCAGAAGCACCAGGCGUCUCCGACGGCAGCUGACAUACUUGGGACUCAGCCAGUGCACCAGGUUGCUGUCACUGGCCAGGAGGACGCUCUGCGCUUCCUGGUACGAGAGCUCAGUGUAGACGUGAACCAGAGGGCGACCGCCAUCCAGCUCACUGCCCUGCAUUAUGCUGCAAAGGAGGGCCACCCGUCCACUAUAAAAACACUGCUGGAGUUGGGGGCGGAUCUUCAUGCACGGGACAAAAAGGGGAGAACUGCGCUUCACAUGGCUUCCAUCGGGCAGCACGCCGAAGCGGCCGGGACGCUGCUGCUGCUCGGCCUCAGAGACUCGGAGGACGCUUCUGGCACGACGGCGCGGCAGCUCGCCAGGAAACCAGCCGUAGUGCGAGUGUUUGAAGGUGGCCUGCCAGACACGUUGUAAACAAUACUCUCUUGAAUCUAAACGCACAUUAGCAACCGGUCCCUUUGAUGACUGAGGAGCUGGAGCAUUUAAUAUGAUUUAAAUGCGUUUGCUCAGUUUGUGUGGUUUACCUCGACGCGUCCGGGUUGCCGUCUCAUUCUUAUUUUUGCAGAGAGUUAGACAGACUUGAGCAUGCCUAUGAUAAGCUCACCUGCCUUUUCUGACUGUGUUGCCCUAUUUAUAUAUAUAUGUAUAUAUAUAUACUCUCUCACUAGAAGAGUUCCUGGUCAGAUUGAUGCAUAACAAAACCACACAGUUGACUGACUGGUAUAUGAAAUUACACUAUGUAAAAACUUGAGCCUUUAAAUGUUGAAAUAGUAAUAAAUAAAUAUUGUAAUUUUUUA